AUGGAUUGCACGUACAAGACUAAUAAGUUCGAUCUUCCUCUUCUCAAUGUCAUCUCACUUACUGGAAUGGACACUGUAAUCCGUAGCCGAGAAUCAUUUCGCAUGAUAGAGACCAAGCGUUAA